AUGACGGUCUGGCGGACAACCAAUCCUGAUGCUAGAGAUUUUCCUGUUGACAUGGGUUUCACUAACUUGUGUAUAGCGAAAACCAGUAACUCGGAACAGAAGAUUGCAACAACAAAAAUAAAUAGGGACGGGUACGAAAUAAGGUACAAGAAAAGAGGAAAUAUUUCUUCAAAAGAAGAGUGGUCGAAUCUAACAAUGAGAAUCAGAUUCUGCCAAGCGAAGAAAAAUGUGAACUUGCUUUGGAAGGAGGGCCGUUUUAUUACAAUGUUUAAGCCCAUUUUACAAAACCCAACCCCGCCUCAGUGCCACCUUAAGCAUCGACGUCUCAACGGCAAAACGCCAGCCCAGACCAGCCCAGGCGGGCUAGGCGGGCUAGGCGGGCGCUAG